CGUGCCUUCGCUGCUCCCAGUGCUUCCGCCUUGCUUCAUACACUCCCGGAGCUUCCCUAUGCUUAUAAUGCUCUCGAACCCUUCAUCUCGGAAGAAAUUAUGACGCUUCACCACCAAAAGCAUCAUCAAACUUAUGUCAACGGAUUAAACGCAGCGGAAGAAUUAUACGCCAAAUCCCCUUCUGUCAAAGAACAAAUCACUUUGCACGCAGCACUGAAAUUCAAUGGUGGAGGUCACAUAAACCACACCCUGUUCUGGAAAAACCUGGCACCUGCGAGCGCAGACGGAGGAAAGCUCACCGACGGACCUCUAAAAACCGCGAUUGAGAGUGACUUUGGUUCUGUCGAUAACUUCAAAAAAGUUUUCAGUGCAAAAACGGCUGCUAUCCAAGGAAGUGGUUGGGGCUGGCUUGGUUACAAUUCCGAUACGAAGAAGUUGGAAAUUGUCACCACUGCGAAUCAAGACCCUCUCCUCUCCCAUACUCCACUCAUUGGCAUCGAUAUCUGGGAGCACGCCUUCUACUUACAAUACAAGAACGUGAAGCCAGACUAUCUCAAUGCCAUUUGGAAUGUAAUCAACUUCAAGGAGGCUGAGAAACGCUUGGUGGAAGUCCAGUAA